UCCAAAGUGAAGGCAGUAACAGCGCAUCUACAAGGAGUUUCCUGAGCCAUUCCUGAGUUGAAGAGACUGAGGUAACUGUUUUGCGGUCUUUCAUUUCCGGUUCCCUAUUUUUGAUGGCAUCUCAUUCACUGCCACAGACAAUGCCAAAGUAGUUGGAUAGCAUUGAGUUGGCAGUUCAAUCAUCGCUAGACUUUGAUUACCAGCACUUGUAUUGUAAUCAUCCUCUCUACAAUACGACACAAUAAUACCCAUUGUGGACUAUUUAUGAGAUUGAGCCCACUACACUCAAUUCCGCGAAUUGCAGGGAUUCGACUUAGCAGAACCUCGAUCGUAGGCAGCGUGCCUUGUUCCACUUUGGCGAGAACGAGAAUGGCCCAGCCGGAGUUGGACCAACCGAACGGAGCGGUCGCAACAGGACCUGCGACACCUGAGCUCACAAAUUACACGCCGAGAUAUAUCGAUAUCGGCAUCAACUUGGCAGACCCCAUUUUCAGGGGCCGCUACCAUGGCAAAUCAAGACAUCCCGACGACCUGAAGGCAGUGGUGGGGAGAGCUGUCGAGGUCGGCUGCACAAAACUCAUCGUGACGGGAUCAUCCUUCAAGAGCUCACGAGAUGCCCUCAAACUCGCCAAGGAGUUCCCGGGCACCGUCUUCGCUACUGCAGGGAUCCAUCCAUGCAGCAGUUCCAUCUUCAGCCCAUCCCACCAUAAGCAUCACGACGAGAGCCAGAGCGAAGGGGAGGAUGGCGACGAGCACACGCCGGCCUGCGAUCCAGACCCCUCCAAGCCCAUCCCGGACGGCGACGGCGUCGACCUCGUCAGGAGCGACCAAAUCAUCGCCGACUUAACCGACCUCAUCGCCAAAGCCCGAUCUUCGUCUUCCUCUUCACCCGAACUCGUGGCCUUCGGCGAGUUCGGCCUCGACUACGACCGUCUGCACUACGCCUCCAAAGAAGUCCAGCUGCACUCCUUCGCGGUGCAGCUGGCCCUCGCCGCCUCGCUGAAGCCCCAGCUCCCUCUCUUCCUCCACUCGCGCGCCGCGCACGCCGACUUUGUGCGGCUGCUGAAAGAAGCCUUUGGCGAACGCCUUGAGAGGCUUGAGAAGGGUGGUGUCGUUCACAGCUUUACCGGCACCGUGGAAGAGAUGCGCGAGCUUAUGGAGCUGGGUCUCUACAUUGGUGUCAAUGGGUGCAGCUUCAAGACGGCCGAGAACUGCGUUGUGGUCAAGGAGAUUGAGCUCUCCCGGCUGAUGCUUGAGACGGAUGGCCCGUGGUGCGAGGUCAGGCCUAGCCAUGAGGGGUGGAAGUAUCUUGUGGAGUUUGAGGCUAAGGCCAAGGCUGCGGCGGCCGAGACGGUGGAUGAGCCAGAGAAGCCGAAGCAGCAGCAGCAGCAAGGGAAGAAGAAGGGCCAGAAAAAGGAACCCGAGGUCCCUGACCGGUAUAAGGUGGUAAAGAAGGAGAAAUGGGAGGAAGGGGCCAUGGUCAAGGGCCGCAACGAGCCGUGCACUAUUGAGCGGGUAGCGAGAAUCGUGGCCGGUAUCAAGGGUGUUUCCGUCGAGGAAGUGUGUGAGGCGGCAUGGGAGAACACGGUCAAGGUGUUUGGGCUAGACUCAUAGAUCAGCAUAGCGCAGUUCAUUCCCGCUUAGAGACAUAGGCAGGCAAUGCUUCGAGUCUCACGAUUGCCUCUCUCAACGCAAAACUCGUAGAGAGUGACCACGACGACGGCGGCCAGAGGGCAUUUCGGUCGGGCAUGGGCCCAGAGCGGACUGUAUCGGCAGAGACUUCUAUAUCCAGUCCUGCAGCGGCGGGU